GAGAGGAGGAGGCAGGACAAAUCAGAAGAAUGGUCGUGAGAAAAAAUAAAAGAAAAAUCUAAAAAUAGUCAAGAAACCUGUGUGGCCGGGCGAGGGAAAAUCAUUCACACCGCCACGAAAUCUAAGGCCGUGGCGGUAUUUAUGGAACGCCGCCCUCUAUUGUGCAAGAGCUCGAUAGCCAGCGUCCUCUCGUCAUCAACCCUUCUCAUUCUCUCUUCUGUGAAUACACAGCGAAAUACAGGGAGAGAAGAAGGCCUGUCGACUGGAUUGGAAGAGGAGCGAGAGCGGCUAUUGAGAGGUGGAGUCAGAGAUAUGGGGAUCCAGGAAGGAAACGACGUCGUUGUUGGGUCGGGUUCCAACGGAAAGGUUCUUCUUGAUGAUGUCUCCGUUGUAAUUCCGGAGACCGCCCACCAGAUUAGUCAUGAUUCGUGGUUUCAAGUGGGAUUUGUUCUCACAACCGGGAUUAACAGUGCCUAUGUGCUGGGGUAUUCGGGUACUAUCAUGGUUCCAUUGGGCUGGAUAGGUGGUGUUGUUGGACUGAUUCUAGCAACUAUGAUAUCCUUGUAUGCAAACUCUCUGGUUGCCAAGCUUCACGAAUUCGGAGGAAAGAGACAUAUCAGAUACCGAGACCUUGCCGGAUUCAUAUAUGGUGACAAAGCUUAUUCUCUUACAUGGGCUCUCCAAUAUGCAAAUCUCUUUAUGAUCAAUGUUGGAUAUAUUAUCUUAGCCGGAAGUGCACUUAAGGCUUCCUAUGUCCUUUUCAGAGAUGAUGAUAUCGCGAAGCUUCCUUACUUUAUAGCCAUAGCUGGGCUGGUUUGUUCAUUAUUUGCCAUUGCUACACCCCAUUUGUCUGCAUUGGGUGUUUGGCUGGGAUUUUCAACAUUUUGUAGUCUGGUAUACAUUGUUGUGGGAUUUGUCCUGGCUCUUAAAGACGGUAUGGAAGCUCCUCCAAGAGAUUACACCAUUCAAGGAACAUCAGGGAGCAAGAUUUUUACAACUAUUGGGGCAGCAGCUAAUCUUGCAACAGUGAGGCAACCAGUUGUUAAGAACAUGAUGAAAGCUCUGUACUUCCAAUUUACAGUCGGAGUAUUGCCUAUGUUUGCCGUUACGUUUAUCGGUUACUGGGCUUAUGGAUCUAGCACAUCGGCCUACCUGCUGAACAAUGUUAAUGGCCCUGUCUGGUUGAAGACUGUUGCUAAUAUUUCAGCUUUCCUGCAGACAGUCAUUGCUUUGCAUAUUGUUAUGCAAGGGUUGCUUGCUAACAACGCUUUAGCUGUGCGCAAUCUAUCCUUCCGGCUUGUUGUGAGAGGUGGAUAUAUUGGCCUAACAACAUUUGUGUCGGCUCUUUUGCCGUUUUUGGGUGAUUUCAUGAGCCUAACGGGUGCUGUUAGCACAUUCCCUCUUACCUUCAUCCUUGCCAAUCACAUGUACCUCGUGGCCAAGAAGCACAACCUCACUCCCCUCCAGAAGAAUUGGCAUUGGCUCAAUGUUGUUUUCUUCAGUUGCCUUUCUUUUGCGGCCGUAAUUGCUGCCUUUAGGCUGAUUAUCGUGGAUUCCAGUAAUUAUCACAUUUUUGCNCGUAUGUAUCCAAGGGAGGGAUCCCACAUUUUCUGUCCUUCGAAGCCAUCAUAA